AUGCGUUAUUCGACGUCUAUUCUUUGCCUGGCAGCGCCUCUUGCAGCAUUUGCUGCACCUGCAAAAUUCUACGGGAAACGAUCAGAUACAGAUAUAUUGGUGCUCAAGUUUGCCGAUGUUCUGGAGCAAUUUGAGUCGUCAUUCUACCAGUCCGCCUUGUCCAAGUUCCAAGCUUCUGAUUUUACGGCGGCUGGGUUUGUUUCUCCGUCAGUCCCGACGGAACUGUUCAGUGUCAUCCAAGCCGACGAGGCCACCCAUUCUUCUACCCUUCAGUCCGCGCUAAAGUCAUCCGGACAGCAACCCAUCACAUCAUGCACCUUCAAUUUUGACUCGGCUCUUACCGAUGUCGCUACUAUGGCAGCCACCGCGCGGGUGGUGGAGAAUCUGGGAGUUUCGGCUUACUUGGGAGCGGCUCCCCUCCUGUCAGAUCCUGUCCUCCUUCAAGCGGCCGGUUCGAUCCUCACCGUCGAAGCUCGGCAUCAGACUGUGUUGAACCUCCUUUCUGGUACUGGGAGCGCAAUUCCUCAAGCCUUCGAUAUUGGAUUCACGCCGCAGGAGGUGUUAGCUGUUGCGUCGCCUUUCCUCAAUCAGGGAUGUGACUUGGGAGUCACAGCGAACCCUACACUUACUAUCACCAAUACUGGUUCUGUUGGUCCUGGUACUCUUCUGACCUUUGAAUCUUCCGCAAUCAACGGUUCAUCCAGCAGUAAUUCGUUUUGCCAAAUGAUGGUUGGUGGAGCAGCUUUCUCCAUCUCCCUCCCACUUUCCGCAUGCGUCGUACCGCAGGGCAUCGACGGACCCGUCGCUAUAUGGAUUACGUCGGAUUCCCAACCCUUGCUGAACAAUGUCCGGGACCGUGCGACGUCGCAGCUCGUGGCUGGGCCGACGAUGGCGUUUGUGGACACAUCACCGCAGACGAUUGGGCAGUUAGUUCGGUCGUCGGCAGCGGUGUCAUCGUCGAAUGGAACAGCGUCAGUGACGACGAGUACGAUCUCACCGGAGCAGGCGUCGUCCAUCAUUUCGAGUGCAUCGGCUCAAACAGCCACGGCGGCAGCAGCAGCAUCAGCAACAGUUUCUGCAGGAAAUGCUAGUGGUGCCGCCGCAUCGACUGCCGCUAUUGCAGCGAGCCCGACUGGUCCCUCUGGAGAUGGAAAAAUCACAGUCCUAGGUUUUUCAUAG